GACUCAAUAAGAGUGGUGGUUACAAAGAGUGCACUUCAGAGCAGUUUCAAUUGCACAGCCUUCUGAAACAUGUUAGAAAGAGACAAAAUGUCUGUCAGGUUUUUAACAGGAAACUUGGGCAUAUUAUUUCUCGUCUUGCCCCUGGUCUUGCUCUCAGCUCAGUUGUCCUGGGCUCAGGAAGACCCUCUUCUCCCUUUCUCAGAAGUCCUGGACCCCGACCACAAAGUGCGUCUGAAGUGGGGAUUUGAUGAGAUCCAGGGCACCAUCUUAUUCGAGCUCAGCGUCACCACCAGCGGCUGGAUCAGUUUUGGCUUCAGCCCCAAAGGAGGAAUGACUGGAGCUGAUAUUGUCAUUGGAGGAGUUGGGCUAAAAGGCACUUAUUUCACGGACCGACAUGCUGUGGGGAAUUCCAUGCCUGUGGUGGACCAGCAACAGAACUACAAACUCCUGUCUCUAUCAGAGUCUGAUGGAACAACAGUCAUGAAGUUUCAGAGGUCCAUUGAGGCCUGUGAUGAAAAUGAUCUUCCCAUCACAAACCUUCCCAUCAAGCUGAUCUAUGCAUAUGGACAGACUGAUGACAUCACGUACCAUGGUACCACCAAAAGGGGCACGAAGGAGUUGAACCUGUUGAGGUACAUGCCUCGGGUCACCCCUCCAAACAGCAAAUAUUUCGACAUGACCAUGGUCAAUUUCACGGUACCAGCCAACCAGACCUACUAUCACUGCAAGAUCCUGAAAGCCCCAACAUUUGAUCAAAAACAGCACAUUUAUCGGAUUGGACCGGUGAUUGAAAAUUAUGAUCUAGUGCAUCACCUGCUGCUGUACCGCUGCCCACCAAGUGUGACACAGCCAUCUGAAUCUAAAUGCUACACAGGCGUGAAUAAUGAGUGUAUGGAGGUCGUUGCUGUGUGGGGAGUUGGAGGAGGGGAUUUUGAACUCCCUGCAAUGGCAGGACUUCCAAUUGGAGGAAAUGCUGCCAAAUUUCUCUACAGACUUGAAGCCUACAACAAUCCAAAUAAAACUGCAGGUCGAGUUGAUAACUCAGGUCUACGAUUCUAUUAUACAUCUGAACUCCGUCAGCAUGAUGCAGCUGUUCUCAUGACAGGACUUGUGGUGGCCUCUGGGUACGCCAUCCCACCCAACGCCAAGUCUUUCCUCACAUAUGGCCUGUGUGACACUGCAUAUGUUCUACAGGUUCUGUCUGAGACUCCACAGGAUCUUCAGGUGUUCUCGGUGAUGCUGCACACACACUUAGCUGGACGGAAGGUGCGAGUCGGACAUUUCAGAGCGGGAAAACAGAUUGAUUUCCUAGCUGUGGAUGAAAACUAUGAUUUUGAAUACCAGGAAGUGACAAACUUGGGUAAAACUAAGACAGUGAAGUUGGGUGACAAAUUGCUGGUGGAGUGUACGUAUCACACUGCAAAUCGCACCACACUCACAUUGGGGGGGCUCUCAACCUCAGAUGAGAUGUGUUUGGCUUUUCUGUACUACUAUCCAGCCAUUAAUCUGAGCAGCUGUAUGAGCUUCCCUAAUUUAACAGCUUUAAGAACUGAGAUGGGAACACCAGAUCCCAGUAACUGGCUCAUGAUGAUGUCCACAAAGGCUUGGAAUGACACGUCUAUCAAUCAGUAUCAACAAACACUGAAAAGAAUCAACCAGUUUGUUUUAGUUGCUGACUCAUAUAAAAACAUGUCACGCAAUACUGGGACGAUUCCUGAUCUUACAGUCAUCCCACCUGCACCCUGCAUGAGUGGUUGUGCCACCAGAUGUCUUGCUUGGAUGUCACUUCUUAUCUGGUUGACAAUGCAGUGGGCUUCCAUAUGAAACUUUCUUGAGCAAAAUAGUGAUGUUAAAUGAUCAUUCUAUCUGAUAAUUCCACAGAUUAGUGCAACUUGGAAACCAGAACUUGAGAAUAUUCCUUAAAAUUAAUUUUACUUUACUUACAAAUCACAUCAAGAAGAUGGAAAUAGUCUUUACACUAGAGGUUAACCGAUAGAGGAUUUUGCAGAUACCGAUAAGGUGGAAAAGGCCGAUAACCGAUUAAUGGGGCAAUACUUUUUAAAAUUAAUUUAUAGAAUGUUAAAACAUUUUCUUACUAUGACGGGCACAGACAUAAAUGCUACAAGAGAUCAAACAAAAGAGUUCAACGAAAAUCCCAAUGAUAACCAGUUAAAAAGAAGAUUUGGUGCAUAAUGUGAGACAAAACACACAAGAGGCUCUUAUUUUGAAAUGGAGACUUGGUUGCGUUACAAUGUUCUAUAUUAAAGUAUUAACCAAAUGAAGCUUUAAAUAACCUAUAUAUAUAUAUAUAGACACAAUGUAUGUGCUGAUGGGGCACGUUUUCAUAUAGCUUCAAUUUAGAACACUUGAUUAUCUAAUCAAAUUAACAAAAUAUGCACUGAAGGAUUCAAAUAUGGAUGCAUAUUAUUAUUGAUGACAAAUUUUAGAUGCAGCAAAUUCUCAUGUGAUUGUUAAUCAUGAAAACAAAAAUUAAAAGAAAAUCAGCAACUAUUGGCAUAGAUUUUUACUGAUCACCUAUAGUUCCAAAAAGGAAUUAUCGGUACUGAUUAACUGGUAAAACCAAUAUAAUGGUCUACCUCUGCUUUACACUUUCCCUUUCUGUCAUUCUAAGUUUCCCUUCCUAUGCAAAUGUGUUAAACAUACAUUCACCUUAUUCAGCCCCUCCCCUUUUUCACGCUCCACUCUUCCGAAUUUUGUCAUGUAACUUCCUGUUUGUAUUGAAGCUACAGAGAAGAGUCGAUCAAAAUGGAUUAUGUGUGGGAGCAAGUAUUUUUCAACAAGAGUUGAUUGUGUGAGUCUACUCCACCACUUUACUACAUGAAAAUGCUAGUGAGGUGUUUUUUCUGACACACACGGGGGUAAAUUGUAGGCCUACAUGGCAGAUCACAUUCGGACAGCAAUGACACUGCACUUUUUCAUAAUACAAACGUUUAAUUGUUAUAGUGUAAUUCUGCUUAAUCUUUAGGUUUGAACUUGUUAAUAAUUUGUGUUAAAAUGUAGUUGAUUAUGAAAUGCAUUAUUACACAAUCAUAACGUUAAAGAAAAUUACAAUUGUACUACAAUUGUCGCAUUUUUUAGAGGCUUAAAUGUGAUUAAAACUAUUGUAAACAGAAUAUAAAAUAAAAUAUACAC